UUCAUUCUAUUGGAGCGUUGUGUUGUGUAGACAGUUCAAGGAGAUUUAUGGCGGUGAAGGGUGGAGGCAAAAUGCUGCACAUAGUCAUGUUUCCUUGGUUUGCAAUGGGUCAUCUAACUGCCUUCCUUCACGCUUCGAACAAACAUGCAGCAAAAGGCCAUCGAGUUUCUUUCAUAAUACCCACCAAAACGCAAUCCAAAAUCAACUCGUUGAACCUUCAUCCAAGCCUCAUCAGUUUCAUUCCGCUAGAUGUACCGUGCGUUGAAGGCCUCAUCCCGUCUGAUGCAGAAACCACUGCAGACGUCCCUUUCCCCUUGCACACUCACCUCAUGACAGCCAUGGAUCGUACUGAGCCAACCAUUGAAUCCAUUUUGCUUGACCUUAAACCUGACUUGAUCUUCUUUGAUUUUACUCACUGGAUCCCAGCUCUGGCUCGUCGACUUGGUAUUAAAUCUAUCCAUUACUGCAUCAUCAGUCCAGCAACUAUUGCUUACACAACGACCCCAGCACGAGACCAAGAAUCAGAACUAAACCUGGAACACCCGCCUUUGGGCUUCCCACCUUCGGCUGUGAAGCUCCGCUCCUACGAAGCUAAGGCAAAUGUCUCCUUUAGGAAGAAAGUAUUAGGCAGCGGUGUUUCGUUCCACAAUCGAAUGAUGACAGCAUUAAACGAGUGUGACGCCAUGGCUUUCAAAGCUUGUAGGGAGAUGGAAGGAGCAUUCUGUGACUACCUGGAGAGACAAUUCAAUAAACCUGUUCUACUCUCUGGACCUGUAAUUCCUGAAACACCCACUUCCACUUUAGACGAGAAGUGGGACAAGUGGCUAGGUGGGUUCAAGAAAGGAUCAGUUGUCUAUUGUGCACUUGGAAGUCAAUCUAACUUGAAUAAACACCAGUUCCAGGAACUGGUUUUGGGUCUGGAACUUGCUGGCUUGCCAUUUUUGGCUGCACUGAAACCACCGACGGGAAAUAAUUCAGUCGAGGAAGUGCUUCCAGAAGGGUUUGCAGACAGAGUCAUGGGAAGAGGAACUGUAGAAGGGGGUUGGGUUCAGCAGCAACUGAUACUGAGUCACCCUUCCAUCGGGUGUUUCGUGACCCACUGUGGAUCAGGCUCGAUAACGGAGGCAUUAGCCAAUGACUGUCAAAUUGUAUUGUUUCCACAGAUUGGUGACCAGAUAGUGAAUGCGAGGUUGAUGUCAGGUGAUUUAAAAGUUGGAGUUGAGGUUGAGAGAGGAGACGAAGAUGGUUCGUUUACUAAAGAAAGUAUCUGCAACGCUGUGAGGUUAGUGAUGGACGAAAAAGGUGAAGUUGCUGACGAAGUGAGACUGAACCAUGCUAAAUGGAAAGAGUUUUUGCUGAAAGAUAAUCUUGAAUCCUCAUACACCGACGAAUUCAUCACCAAGCUUCAGGAUCUUCUAUAGUGAGUACUUGUAGCUGAUGACUGCUAUCCUAGUACAGUCACUGAUUUUAUGUUUUAUCAACUUUGAACCAAUAAUAAGCGAAUGAACAUGUGCAUUUAGACCAACGGAUGAUUUAAUUUGCUUCAAAUGUCCUUAUUUUCCAAGUGGGGAACAGCAAGAUUGUACGAGAAAAGAAUCACCACUCACCAAGCCAGAGAUGCUUGAAAAUUCAAGGAUGUCUAUUCUAUGUAGGGCUUAUCUCACAUUGAGAGCUUAGAGCCUACCAUUUUCUUAAAGCACAUGAACACAUGGCCUAAGCCCUCAGGGUACAGCAUUCACAUUAUU